GUGGCGAGUCUCGCGUUCCCUGGAGUUGAGGGCAAGCGGCUCCCGAGUCUCGCCGUUGUAAACGCGCACCCGCGCCACGGAACACAAAACCCCGACCGCUCCGGGGGCGCGCCUCGUCUCCAGCAGCGUCUUUGCGCGGGGAAAGCCCAGGCUCUGGUGAGGCAGGGGGAGGGGGAGGGAGAGAGAGGCGUGUUGCUUGAGCAAAACCAAGGCGAUUUCGAUCGUGUGUGCAGAGAGAGAGAUUGAGAUUGAAGCUGAAGAGGCGCUCCGGUCUCUCUCCGUUCCCCAGAAGCUGACGGGGAGUAGGAGGAACCCCAUUCUCUCCAAAUCGGGAAGAAGGCGCCCAAAGGGAGCCAAGCUCGGGCACUUGGCUCCUCUUCUCCCUCCCCCAGGGCCCUGGGGGUGCGCGCCGCGCAGACAAAAGCGAGAGACUGGAGACGGAGAGAGAGAGAGAGAAGCAAGCGCCUGGCAGGGAAGAAGAGCCACUCAGACACGUUGCACACAGGCGCACAAACACACGCGCGCCCUCUCUCCUCUCACACACCCCAGAUCCAUCUUGAAGGUGCUCUCCCGUGCCGUCUCGCCACCACCGCCGCCGCGCCCGGCUCGCUCAGCUUCCCGGGACUUUGGUAGGGAAUGCCCUGGCGCCUCCUUCGCCAAUGUUUCACUGGAGCAAGUGGAAGAAGAGGAUGGGAGCCAGCAUUUCCUCCUCGUCUUCCAAGAGACCCGUCUUCGACGAGAAGGAGGAUGUGAAUUUUGAUCACUUCCAGAUACUUCGAGCAAUUGGGAAAGGAAGCUUUGGCAAGGUGUGCAUUGUACAAAAGAGAGAUACAGAGAAGAUGUAUGCCAUGAAGUACAUGAAUAAACAGCAGUGCGUUGAAAGGGAUGAGGUUCGAAAUGUAUUCAGAGAACUGGAGAUCCUGCAGGAAAUUGAGCAUGCCUUCUUGGUGAAUCUCUGGUACUCGUUUCAGGAUGAAGAGGACAUGUUUAUGGUAGUGGAUUUACUCCUGGGUGGUGACCUACGUUAUCACCUCCAGCAAAACGUGCAGUUCACCGAGGAAACGGUGAAACUCUAUAUCUGUGAGAUGGCAUCAGCUUUAGACUAUUUGCGCAGUCAGCAUAUUAUACACAGAGACGUGAAACCAGACAAUAUUCUCCUUGAUGAACAAGGCCAUGCACACCUAACAGAUUUUAAUAUUGCAACAAUCAUCCGUGAUGGUGAAAGAGCAACCGCAUUAGCUGGGACUAAGCCGUAUAUGGCUCCAGAGAUCUUUCAUUCCUUUCUGAAUGGUGGAACCGGUUACUCCUUCGAAGUUGACUGGUGGUCCCUGGGAGUGAUGGCAUACGAGCUCCUCCGUGGAUGGAGGCCUUAUGACAUCCACUCUAAUAGCCCCGUGGAAUCCUUAGUUCAGUUGUUCAGCACCGUGAGUGUCCAGUACGUAACAGGAUGGUCAAAGGACACGGUAGCCUUAUUAAGAAAGCUUUUGACAGUGAACCCUGAGCACCGGUUUUCUAGCUUAGCUAGCAUCCAGACUUCUUCCUACUUAUCUAACGUGGACUGGGACGAAAUCUGCGAAAAGAAAGUGGAGGCAGGAUUUGUGCCUAAUAAAGGCCGUCUGCAUUGUGACCCCACCUUUGAGCUGGAAGAGAUGAUCUUGGAGUCGAGGCCGCUGCACAAGAAGAAAAAGAGGCUUGCAAAGAAUAAAUCCAGGGAUAAUAGCAAGGAUAGCUCACAAUCGGAAAAUGACUACCUCCAGGAUUGCCUGGAAGCAAUUCAGCAAGAUUUUGUCAUUUUUAACAGAGAGAAGUUGAAGAGGAGCCAAGAUCAAAUGAACGAGUCCAUUUCUCCUCCUGAAACCACUGACGAAGCUGAGACUGAAACAGAAUCUGAAAAUUCCAACCUGAAUAUGUGUAGCUCAGUAUGUUCUUCCACAGGCAGCAGCUAGGACUAUGGGGAAGAGGCAAAGGGGCCGGAAGCUUGCGCACCUCUUGAAUAAAUCAUUCUCAGGUUGCACUGACAAGCAGAUGAGAGGACACUGAGUACCUUGGUUGAAGAAAAGAAGAGGAGUCACACAAAACAACACUGUAGAGCCGCAGCAGAGGCAGAUAGUUCUUACAGAACUCAUGGAUUUUUCCCCCCUUCAAAAAGGGAUCGCCUCUUUUACCCAAUACUUUGCUAUGCAACACUUUGGUGAAAACCGUUCCAUUUCUUCCUUUGCUCUUUUCUUUUUGCAGGGACAGGCAGUGGGGUCUGAAGGAUAUUGGCAGGCGAUAAGGGUUCCAGACCCAAUUCCAGUGUAGGUCCAAGAGAAUGCAGAUUGAAAGCAUGCAUGGUGGUCCCAGAGGACUAGGAAAGGAGGCAAAGGCCACUGGAAGCUCACUUUUAUGGGACCAUCCUUAAUAUGCCAGUGAAGGCUCAAGCAUGCAAGAGCAUGCAAGAGCAUUAGAGAGUUCUUAUGGACCGUGGCAGUUGCAAAAUACUUGUAGGUUCAACUGGGACAAUACAGUAACAUGUUGGCCAUACAUGAUUUUCAGAGGGCCCAAUCUCAGCAUUAAUGGAUCCUUUCCAAUGGUCCUGUCCAAGGCCAGAUUUGCUGGGGUUUUGCAGCAUGGAAUUUUAAAAUGGUUUUGCUGCAAGGUAGAGUGUUUUCCUAAACAGGCCGAAUCGUUUCACAAAGCUAUCCUUAUUUGCAAGGAGCUGUUUAAGCUACAAGCAUAUUAAUAGAGCUUAGUGUUUUCUUCACUCAUAAUGAAGGAGCAGGGGACUAGUUUGGCUAGAUAGCUGUAAAGCAAUGCCCUAAUUAUGCAGGAACUGAUGCGUUGAUGUUCCUUUUUUUUUGUCUGCGUUGUUCUAAGUGUAUUGCAUAUGAAGUCUGUCUCAACUUCUCACGAGGACAGGAGAGGCCCAAUGUUUUCUCCAGCUGUGGAUAUUGCCUUUUUAAAUGCUUCAGAUGCCUUUUUCUUCCCUCUCCAGCAAUCCUGUAAUUCACACCUACCUGGGAAUCAGCUUCAUUGAACCCAGUGGGACUUAGUCCUGAGUAGACAUGCAUAGGAUUGCACUGCCAGUGGACUAAGUGACUGCACAGUGGCUUUAGGUUACUCUGAUAAAAGCGCUUAGAACCCCUGGUUCUAGGGCAGUAAAUAUCUGUGUUGUACAUAAAUAUCGUAAGUGUUUUAAUGCAAAGCUGUUUGUUACCAGGUGUCUAAGAGAUUGCCAUGUUUUGCAUCCCAGUUGUGUUUUCCUGUAGGAACGUGAACUUAGCAUGAUUUUACUUUCAAGACAUUUCUCCCUCGCCCUGCUGUUUUAUUGAGGCGCCUGCUACAGGCCAGUAUGCCAGGGUUGGAACCAAGGUCCUAUGAACACAGGAACCAAUUUACAGCCUUACUUACGAAGCUACAACUACCUCUGUAGCAGUGCUGUAACAAGUUCCUUUAUAUUCCACCACUGCUAAGGAACAGGGAUUUGCAUGGAAUUCACACCGACUCCCUUAGCGUGGGGUUUCCACGAAUAUUUUUGGUCUCGAUGGUUUGCUUUCCAUUUUAAUUUCCACAAACGCAGCACACGGCAUAACCGGUGCGGAGCAAUUUUGUACAGACAACAACCAAAACGUAGUUGCCUUUUCCACAGUUUUAUGUGGAGUUUGGUUAGGAAAUGAGCAUUGUGCACAACCAAAAUUUAACAAAGAACAAAAUUCAAGUUUGCUGGUGGAGUACAAUGUAGGGGUAUUAAAAGAAGCCAAAGCUUUUCCUAUCAGUUCCUCUCUGUAUCCCAAACCAAGGUAAUGGUAGCCCCCCCCUCCCACUCUACAAUGAAAUUGCCUUCACUUUUGGAAGGGGAAGCACAGUCUCACAAUACCUGGUGCUACUCUGGCACUGCAGGAAUAUCACGAUGCAGGCGUUGCCAUCUAUGCCAGAAGAAGUGUUCACAGAGUCAAAGUGCCAACUCGGUUAGUCAGCUGAUUCGGCUGCAUUAGCACAAGAGACUUCGCAGCACGCAUACUCCAGCUUGAAUCCCACACUUAAAUGUGGGUUGGCAAUUGCAUGCUCUGUUACUCUGCUGUGAUGAAUUCAUCAAUCGCAGAUUUAAUGUGCUGAAUUAUUAAUCCUUUCCUCCAAGUGGACUCUUGGAAGGAGUAGGUGUGCUGUGCACCUACUAUUGUGUUGAAGAUUUUGCCUUGAUUUUCUUAAAACAACCACUGCAACCCUGAUACCAUCUACAAACAUUAUCUUCAUUCAAAAUGAGAUGAUAGAUAUUCUUCUUAUUGGCUACUUGAUUCAGGGAAAAGCGGCAUCUGCUCUGUCCUUUUAAAUUGGUGCCGUGCCGCUUUAAGCAGUCAUGGCUUCCUGCAAAGAAUCCUGGGAGGUGUAGUUUGUUAAGGGUGCUGAGAGUUGUUAGGAGAUCCCCCUUGUGGAGUUGCAAUCCCCAGGGUGAUUUAGCAAUCGACCCCUUCUUCCCAGGAAAGCUACACUUCCUCCCUGUCCUUGAGUCAUUUGUUCUGCCAAUACUGCAUUCCUGAUACACAAUAUAGCACAUUGACUUUGAGGAAUCGAGGUUUUGAUUGAGGCACAGUCUUUUAGAUGAGGAAUUUAUGUAUUUUUAAGGCCUGUUCCUAUGUACUUUAUUACAGCGAUGUACUUUUCCUUUCCAUUAUAAUACCUGAUACGUGUGGGGUGCAAUCGCAGGGACCUGUGGUUUCUAAGAAAUAACUCUAAAACAAAUGCUUAUAUUGAGCACAAUAGUUAUUGGUAUCAAUCGUCAGUCAGCAAGCGAAUAACUGGCUUGUUUCAGCAGCUAGAAUUUGUUGUGUAUUUAUAAGCAGGUAAUCGAAUCCGCUUUGGUGUGGAUCGUGGCUAUUGUAAAACAUUCCAAUGUGGGUGGGCGCUAAGGUCCAAAAAGCAGCCCGUGCCCUAAUCAUUUGUCUGUAAAUUUUGCAUACCAGUAAAUAUGUGAGUUAAUGCCUCUCACUCUUGUUGAUGGUGAAUCACUAUAAAUGCUGAAAGGGACCAAGACUUGGACAGAAGCAUUCUUGUUGAUGAAAGCAGGAAUGGUGCCAUCCAAUAAAAUGAUGAGAGAAGCCCUGCUGGAUCAGGCUGAAGUUCCAUCUAGUUCAGCAUCCUCUUCCCAAAGUGACCCGCCAGGUACCUGUGGGAAGCCCACCAUCAGAACCUUGGUCAGAUGCAUGCCACCAGAUGUCAACCACAUGGAAAGGCAGUGGCCUAUUGCAAAGAAAGCCCACACAGUGCAAUUUAGAUGUCAUUUGAUUACAACUUCCCAUCAGUUCCAGCCAGACUGGCUAAUGGGAGCUGAAACCCCACCACAUCUGGAAGGCACUGCAUUGGCUGCUCUGAUACAUUGGACUAAGUGUUGACUGGUAGGGUUCAAUGCUAACUUGACUGUGGGGCUAAUCAACCAGUCCCUAUGCCUCAGCCCAACUGACCUCACAGGCUUUCUGUGAGAAUAAAAUGGGACCGGUCGCAUGUAUGCAGUUUCUUUGGUGGAAGUCUGCAAGCCAACCACAGUUUUUUUAAAAAAUAAAUACGAUGGAGAGUUAGCAAGAGAAGCCUGGGAGGUCAAAUACUAGCAGAGCUUCUAGUGUUGCAGGUGAGCUGGCAACUUCACAUUCAGGUUCUCUUGAUGUGAUUUUGGCCCUCGCAUCUGAACAUUUCACUGUUAUGGUAAGAUAUACAAAUACACUUACACACACAUGCACCAUAUGGUGUUUAAUGAACGCAGUAGCUGGGGCUUGCAGAUCUCUGAAUUAGGAGCUCACCUGGUGCAGCCUGAGCUACAGUCGGCCACUUCUCGAGUUUAUCAGCAGGAGCUGUCAUUGUACAUGCAAACUAUUCAUGGGGAUAAACCUCAGAGAAGUAAUAUUGAAAAACAAAUCCAAAACGCCCGUGUUGGCAAUAGAAAGCUAAGGUGCCGAUGGGAUCGUGAUGCAUCGCGGGUGACUAUUCUUUUGUCGGUUUAUUACAGUGCUACUUUACUUUGUAAAAUAUCUUUGUAAACAAGGUUCGUUCAUUUCUGUAAGUUUUACUGCAUGAAAAGGAACAGUCUGUUCUACAAGAACGUUUCAGUUACACCAAUAUGUUUGUGGGAUUGUUUUUAUUUUGGCAGGUAUCUGCGAAAAAGUCAUUGCAUUUGUGGAGUAAUAAAUGUGUUUUGGUUUUUUUUAAAAAAACAGAACUGAACAUUAACAUUUAUUUAUAGGUUUUGAAAAACAAACAAACACAGCAGCAACGUGCAAUGGUGUGGUAGGUAGAAAGUGGUCACUGAAGAGUCCUUUUUGGCAAAGGUUGCAGGGCAGAAGCAGGGUGACAUCUGGAUCAGAUACAUGCCUACUGAACGGUAAUCCCAUUGGACAAGUCAGAGCAAUAUCAGUAGCCUCCACCCAUGCUGAGUGUGCCUGACAAGUCAGAAAUCAUGCAGCUCCAUGCUGCUGACCAAAAUGCUCCUCUGCUUCUGAUCCUAAGGACACAUGGAUCUGCCGUAUCCUGAGUAAGACCAUUAGACCAUCUAGCUCAGCAUUGUCUUUGCUGACUGGCAGCAGCUCUCCAGGUCCUCCCAGUCCUUCCUGGAGAUA